AGCAAGAGGAAAUUUCCUAAUUGCCAUUUGUUUUUUCCUCAAUCAUUUCUAACUAAUAUCCUCUACAUAUUCUGAGCUUCAUAAAUUCUGGAUACUUCACCAUUGUGCACUUCUUCAAAGUUUUUUUGAAGAAAAACUCAUCAACAAUUUCCGCCAAAAUACUGCUAAAUGAAUGUGCGCCAUUCUUUAGUUCUUUUCCUACUCCUUGCUGCUGUUAUAGUUGGCAUCAUUUCAACUCUUUUCCUAUGGUUUGCUAUGGUACAGUAAUUGGUUUUGAAAUAACCCCUUCUUUUUCUGUAGUUAUCAUGCACGAUACAAGUUCUGCCACAUCAAGGGAAGUUGGAAGAACUAUUAAUCAAGUCUCAAAAAUUUAGCAAUAAAGAGUAAUACUCCAGAAAAAAUAUGCAACUGUUUACAGAUAUUGUCCUAGCUUAAAUAUAUAUAUAUAGUUCAUGUGAUCUAUAUUAAGUUUGUGGUCUAUUAAAUCCUAAAAUCAAACGAGCAGCUAGCUAGCUUUAGUGAUAAAUCCCCCUUAUUUUCCCAGUCUUCAUUCUAUAACUCAUAUUCAGCUCACAAUCACCAUGUGACAGACUUUUUGUGUCACUUUUUUAUUAUAUAUAUACUCCCUCCGUUUUUAUUAAAAAAAAAUAGUUCAUAUUUUAAAUUAUAUCAUUGAUUAUUUUUAUGAAAUAAAGAGAACUUUAUAUGAAACUACUUAAAUACGUAAAAGAUAUAAAAUUUGACGUCCAAAACAACUUAUCAAAAAUUAUUAUUAUGCUAAAUUGUUAGAGUAGUCUCAUCAUAAAUUGGGAGGUCUGUAUUGUUCAAGAUUAUAAAAGUUGAAAACAUUUUUUGUUCUUCCCACAACAUAACAAUCAAAAUUAUUUUUUCACUCUUUAGGUAGGAUGCAAUUUUAUUUUUGAGUUUUACAGAACCAAAUUUAAUUUUUACAAUUCCUGAUCUUCCACGUCACCUUCCUCAUGUGACAUUCUUGGACUGUCUCUCGUCUGAUCUAACACAAUAGAUAUAUCCAAAAAAUUUACACAGGGAUUCAUGAACACAUAUUCCCCAAGAUCAACCCCACAAACGUAACCCAAAAUGUCCUUUCAUCAUGAGUUUCAUCCUCAAAUUCAAAAAAACAUCCAUCUUCUUCAAAAACACCCCAAAUUCUCACAAAGCCCUCCUCCAAUAUUCUCCAAUUUUCACUUUUAAAUUUAUUUUUUUGGGGAAAAAAUGAACAAUAUUCUCCAUUUUGGGACAUUCUUUCUUGUAUUAUUAUUUUUUCUUCUUUAACACGUCCAGUCAUCUCAGAAAAUUUUCCAACCAAAUCCUCACCCCUCCCAAUUUCCACCAAGUUUGGGACUCCUCACAGAGAGAUGAUGAACAGCCUCGUAAUUCGAACUCAAAGGUUCUUCUUCUUCUUGUUGCUGUCUUUUAGCCUCUCCUCGCUUCAUAAUAGUAUUGAUCGAUAUGUAUUACUCCCUCUGUCUCAAAAUUCUUGUCCAGUUAAAAUUAAAAAUCUAAAUUGGACAAUAAUUUUGAAACAGAAAAGUACAAUAAAAUUCAUUUUGAGUAUUACUCAACUCAACAACAACAACAACAAAAAUUGCAAGUUCGAAGACAACUACUUGUGUUCCAUAAUUCCAAGGAGCUAAGUAAUUAAGUCAGUUUCCAUGGCUGCCACCGCCUUGUUCAUCGGCUCACCUUUUCUUACAACUCCCAAAUGUGGGCUCUUUAGACUGCAAAAUGAGGCAGCUGCUGGUGGCAGGUUUCAUUUGUUUCUCAAAACAAAGCCUGUAGUCAAAGAUGGAGUUCUCAGCUUUAAUGGAACUGAAGCACUGAAAGGCAUCCCUGAUAAUGUUGUCCUCACUCCCUACUCUGAUUCCUCUGCUUUCCUGGGCGCUACCACCUCCUCGAGAUCCUCCUCUCGCCUUAUCUUCAAACUCGGCAUUAUCAAGGAUACCCGGGUGUUGAGUUUGUUUAGGUUCAAAAUUUGGUGGAUGAUUCCUAGGGUAGGAAAUUCAGCAAGUGAGAUUCCUGUUGAAACACAGAUGUUACUGAUGGAAGCAACUCCUGAUGGAUCAGUUUCGGAUGAUAAUGAUGAUGAUGAUGAUGAAAACACAGGCUACGUUGUUUUCUUGCCCAUAUUAGAUGGCGAAAUGAGGAGUAGCUUACAGGGAAAUUCAGCUGAUGAGCUUGAAGUUUGUCUGGAAAGCGGUGAUCCAUCAUUACUUGUAUCGGAGUCUCUUAAAGCUGUAUUCGUUAACUACGGAAACAAUCCAUACGACUUAAUGAAGGAAUCCAUGAAGAAAUUGCAUGAGUACACUGGAACAUUUUCUCCCCGGGAGAGUAAACAGAUGCCUGGAAUGCUUGAUUACUUUGGUUGGUGUACCUGGGAUGCAUUCUAUUUUGAUGUUAACCCUCAUGGCAUUAUUGCUGGAUUAAACAGUUUGUCGCAAGGUGGCACUCCAGCAAAAUUUUUGAUCAUUGAUGAUGGUUGGCAAGACACAACAAAUGAAUUUCAGAAAGAAGACGAGCCUUUUGUUGAAGGAUCACAGUUUGGGGCAAGAUUGAUGAGCAUCAAAGAAAACAAAAAAUUCAGAAAGGACUCAGACGAGGCUUCCACAGAAGCACCAACUAAUCUCAAGGAGUUCAUUUCAUACAUAAAGAGAACUUUUGGCCUCAAAUAUGUAUAUUUAUGGCAUGCAUUACUGGGGUACUGGGGAGGGCUCAAUCCAGAUGCUCCAGACACACAAAAGUAUAGUCCAACCUUGAAGUUUCCAUUGCAAUCGCCUGGAAAUCUCGCACACAAGAGGGAUGGUGCGAUGGAUGCUAUGGAAAAGUAUGGCAUUGGUUCAAUUGAUCCUGAAAAGAUCUUUGAAUUUUAUGAUGAUCUGCAUAGGUACCUAGCAUCACAAGGUGUAGAUGGUGUUAAGGUUGAUGUUCAAAACAUCCUGGAAACUAUUGCAACUGGAUUAGGCGGCCGAGUUUCGCUCACUAGACAUUUUCAACAAGCUUUGGAGAAGUCCAUUGCCAAGAACUUCCAUGAUAAUGGCAUAAUCUGCUGCAUGGGCCAGAGUACAGAUUCUGUUUACAACUCGAAACAAAGUGCAAUUACGCGUGCCUCGGACGACUAUUACCCUAAGAACCCUAACACACAGACACUCCACAUAGCUACUGUUGCUUAUAACAGUAUAUUUUUGGGUGAAGUAGUCGUGCCAGAUUGGGACAUGUUUUAUAGCCUUCACAAUGCAGCUGAAUAUCAUGCGAUUGCUCGAGCUGUAGGAGGUUGUGGCGUUUAUGUCAGUGACAAACCUGGACAACACGAUUUCAACAUACUCCGAAGACUUGUGCUUCCUGAUGGAUCAGUGUUGAGAGCUAAAUACCCUGGCAGGCCUACAAGAGAUUGCUUGUUUUGUGAUCCUGUUAUGGAUGGUGAAAGGUACUUCAAUUCCUUUUUUCCUGCUUUAAGUUUUCUUCUAAAGAUCUGGAAUAUGAACAAAUGUACUGGAGUCAUUGGUGUAUUUAACUGCCAAGGAGCAGGAAGCUGGCCUGGUUUGGAAGAACACAGCGUUGAGCUGAGUCAUCUCAAUAUAACCCGGAAAAUCUCCCCAUCUGACAUCGAGUAUCUUGAGGAGGUUUCGCGAGGGCAGUCAUGCAAUGGAGAUUAUGCAGUUUUUUCAUUCAAAUCAGCAUCAUUGUUUCGCGUAGGCAAGAAUGGAAAAAUCGACAUUAGCUUGGGAAUUCUGCAAUGUGACAUAUUCACUGUUUCGCCCAUCAAGGUAUACGGUGAAAAGAUUGAGUUUGCACCUAUAGGCCUAAUUAACAUGUACAACUCCGGAGGGGCUCUUGAUGCGGUUGAUGAAACCAGAGAUGAUGAAUCUUAUUCCUUGCAUUUUUGUAUCAGAAUCAAAGGUAGAGGGACAGGUAGUUUCGGCGCAUACUCCAAUCAGAAACCCAAGAAUAAGUUGGAUUUCUUUAAAAUGGAGGAUGGGAACAAUAUGAAGAAAAAGAAGACCAACAAGAGGGGGAGGAAAAGAUCUGAUCAUCAUGAAGAUGAUGAUCAUAAGGAUCAUGAGAAGAGGAGAGAAUCAAUAACAAUAAAGGUGCCUAAAAACAAUAAAUCGAAGACGAAGAAAUCAAGAUAUCAUCCUCCUCCUCCCCCUCCUCCUCCUCCUCCUCCUCCUCCUAGCCAUAAGGAGAAGGAGAGGGGAUGUGGAAUAUUUGAUUUUCCAUGGCAAAAUGAGGAAGGAGAAGGCGUGAUUCUGAAAGAAGAGGAAGACUACGCCACCACCCCAACAUGUUUUGACUUGAAUCAUGAUGCUGAUGAGUUUACUACUUGUAGUUACAUUCUUCCAAUAGUAGUUGGUGAUGAAGAUCACAAGGGUAGCAACAUUGAUAAUCACCAGUAUGAUUCCAAUUCCAGCUCCACAAGCAACAUUACUAACCACCGCAGCAGUGAUGAUCAACAAAGGGAUUCUUGGAUUUGGAGCUUUGUGCUUGAACACCCUCUUCUUGAUAUUUAA